AUGGACGAACAACGAACACCAAAUUCUUCAGAGAAACCAACGCGUCGACAUACAAUUGAUUAUAUUGCACAACAAUCACAUAAGCCACGCUAUGAUUUUGUUUUACCAUCAUAUAAGAGAGAUCGACGUGUAUCAUCAAUAACAACAACAGUACCAUCGGCAACUAUCAUCAAUAAUAACUCAACAAUUAUUAAUACAUCAAAUCUAGAACAAAAUUUAUCAUCAUUAGAUAUAACAAAUAACAAAAACGAAAAUGAUGAUCCAUAUUCAUUAGAACAGAUGGUUUGUUAUAGACAUGGACGACAUGUUGAAGAUAAAGCAUUAUCACGUCAAGUUCGGAAAUUUUAUGCGCGUCAGGAUGAAAUAAUUGAUCAAUAUUCAAAUAUACAUGAACGACAUAUAUCUGGUAUAUCUCAUAAUGAACAUGCUGAACGAAAUAGACGAUGGACACUUCUACUUAUUAAAGCAACACUUAUUUCAAAUAUUAUUCUUGUAAUUGGAAAAUUUUUCUCUGCUAUUAUUUCACAGUCACUGUCAAUUGCUUCGUCAGCCGUCGAGAGUACAAUCGAUUUAAUGCUAAAUUUUGCUAUUUGGUGGGCUAAUAGAGCAAUAAGAAAACGAAAUCCAUAUUUUUAUCCACAAGGACGAACGCGACUUGAACCAAUUAUUAUCAUUAUAUUAAGUAUUGUUAUGUGUGCAGCUAGUUUUCAAGUUAUUUUUGAAGGUAUUCGUUCAGUUAUUGAAGAUAUUGGUUAUUUUCGGAAUGUUAGCGGUUAUGCGUAUGAAAAACCACCAAUUGAUAUCAAUCCAGCUGCAAUUUCAAUUAUGUGUAUAACCAUCGUCAUUAAAAUUGUAUUAUCGGUACUAUGCUAUCGUGUUUCAACACCAACAAUGUCAGCACUUGCUGCUGAUCAUCGAAAUGAUGUUGUCGCAACAAUAGUAGCAUUAGUAUUUGGAAUUAUUGGUUCUAAAGCGAUAGAUGGUGAAAUUAAACCCAAAGAACUCUCAGUUAUUGACCCAGUUGGUGCUGUAGUGAUUAGUUUAUAUAUUAUUAUUUGCUGGAUUCCACAAAUUCGUCUUCAUAUUCGUAAUCUGACUGGUUAUACAGCUCCAUCUCAGUUUCUUCAACAAUUAACUUGGAUAGCAUUUCAUCAUUCACCUCUUGUACGAAAAAUUGAUACAAUACGAGCAUAUCAUUUUGGUACACAUUUUCUGGUUGAAAUCGAUGUUCUUCUUCCAAAUGAUCUACAUCUUGGUAAAGCAGCUCAUGUUGGUAUUAGUCUUGAACAAAAACUAGAAGCAUUACCAGAUGUUGAACGUGCUUUUGUUCACUUAAAUUGCGAAACUACGAAUAAUAAUGCUAAUUCUAAUUCUUGUAAUAUAACUGAUAAUCAAGAUCACCAGUUAGCUACAGCUGUCAAUCGACGACAGCACAAGGCUGUUUAA